AUGUAUAGGCCCUUGACUUCAACAUCGACAGUUUUGUAUAUCAAACCAUAUCAAAAUCAUCCGUUACUACUAGAAUGUUACGCCACUAACUAUGUAGGACCAAAAGUUGAAAUCAGCAUGAAUAAUAAUGAUCAACAACACCGACCACGACAAAGAUUAAUCACCACACGAACGAUGAAAUUGGUCUAUGCUGAUAUAACAGCAGUAUUAAUCGAAGAAAAUGUAAUGAAACAACAUUUAAGACUGGGAAAAGCAGCAAAAGAAGCGUUAAUUCAUGGCAGCGAAAUGUUCUUGAGAAGUGUGUUUGCUGAUGCAACACAGUGUGCAGAACAUGCUGGGAGGGCAACGCCAUUAGAAAAUUAG